AUGUCUCGAUUUUUGCGUCCCUCCGCACUGAGAACACUACAACAGCAGCACAGGAACUUGUACGAGAACCCCUACAUCAAUCGCUACAAGGCCAAGAGCAAAGUUUCCGAGGGUUUCCACAAGAAGGUUGCUUUUUUGAUUUGUUUCAAAAGCUCAUUUCGAAAAUGACAGACGACUGGUCUGACUGGACUUUUCGUCAACGAGAAUCCUCAUCGCGUCCUGACCGUCGUUUACGGAAGAAUUCUUCGCGCCCUGGAGCAGAUGCCGAAAGACGCCGCCUACAGGAAGUACACCGAAACGGUCGGUUUUCGAGUUGAGAAAGGGAAAAAGGAGGAUAAAGUCCUAAAUAAAGAAUCUAACUUUUAAUGGACAUUGAAAUAGUAAGUCGAGCUAUCUCUCUUCAGAUCGUGAAGCAACGGCUGGCCUUGGUUCAAACCGAGACCAAUAUUGAGCGAUUGGAGCAGAAAAUCGGAAUGGGACAGAUUGAGGAGGUCAUCGAACAGGUUGGAUUUCAAAUUUAAAAAAAUAUUAGUUACAAAAAUCUUGUUUUUUUGCUAUCAUUAAUUGAAAGAAACGGUCGAGUAUUAAAUGAAAAAAAGAAGGAAAUACAUUUGGAAAAUUCUUUUUGGAAAAACUGUUAUUAUCGUUUCUGGUUAUUUUUCAAGUUUAAAAAAAGAUAAAAAGGAAUAAAUAUAUUCACAUGUAACAAUAAAAGGUAAUUUUUGAAAAAAAUAAAACUUCAUUCAAAUCUUCUAUCCUAUAGUCAAUUUGGGCUUUUUCUCUUACUCAGCAUUAAUGGGAAAAAAAUUCGGAAAAAAAUUGUUUUGUGUAGUUUCAACGAUGCUUUUUUCUGUGGGAACAAGUCUCAUUGAAAUUUUAGAUCUAUGGGGAUUUUCUCCCUUUUUUUGCCUUUUUCAAAAUUAUUUGUGAGAAAGUCAUAUUUUUGAUCAAAUCAUCCAGUUCAAAAGAUUUUUAUCCGUGGAGAAAAAAAGCCGCCUUGCUCUAAAAAAAUAUUAUUUUAAUUUUACGACUCUGUCAAGUGCUCCAAAAAAAGUUUGAGAGUUUUCCGGUAUCUUAUUCAUAGAUUAAACUUUUAGCAGAGAUUUGAAAUAAUUUCAAAAUGUUCUAAACUUUUUUUAAAUUUUCUAUCAAUUUUUGAGGAAAGUCAGGUUUUUAUCACUAGAUCGUGUUGUUUAUUGAAGAAAAGCUGUUCCGCGUAGUUUUGCUGCUUUUAGUUCAAUAUAAUAAUUUUUUGAUGUUUAUUACGGUCUUUUUCAUCAACUUUUUCAAAAUUUCAAUUGGAGUUUUAAAAAAGCCGCAGUUCACAUAUAGGUCAUUCCGCGCCAGCUUGUCACGAUUUUAAUUCUCCUCGGAACUAGAGAACCCCUUUCGGCGCUUCGCUUCGAUGCUCUCGGUGUUCCCCCUUGCGUGCGCCUUUAAUAAAACACUAUUUCUGAUAAAGAUUUCCUCUACAAUUCCCUCUAUCUCUUUUAUUAAUUUACGAGGUUGUUUUCAAUGGAUUGAUUUCAUUUUUCGCUUUAACUAUACACACUCAGAUUCUGUGCUGAAUUUGUAAAAAAAAAAAGAAAGACAAAAAGAUUGAAUUAUUACUUUUUAAUUGUUAUUAAAGAAACCGACUGUUCGAAAUUUUCUCGCAUAUAAUUUUUGGGUUAGUUUGAUAUAAAAUUUGUUGUUAAAACUGUUUUUGUAGAAUGAGAAAAUUCCAAAGUUCGGAAAUAAUGAGUUUUUAUUAAAGGCGCACGCAGGGGGGCACACCGAGAGCAUCGAAGCGAAGCGCCGAAAAGGCUAUUGGAGCUCCAAAUAAACUGGAAAUUGUGACAAGCUGGCGCGGAAUGACCUAUAUUACUGAAUUUUUUUUUCGAUUUUCAUGAGACACUUUUAGUCAGAAAAGUAUUAUUAAAAAAUUAUGACUUUUUUAACUAUGCUUAAUCUUAUUUUCAGGCCGAGUACGAGCUGGAGGCGACGCGUGCGGUCCUCGAUUCCAAAGCGUGGGAGCCUCUCGUCGAAGCAGCCCCUAAAGGGCAAUGGGCGUGGCCAGUCUAA